AAUUGAAUAAUUAGCUACUAUGGCAUUUCCUACUUUGUUCCCAGAUGGUAAAGGAGAUCCUACUAACAGUGCUACAAUGCGUGAUGUGACCCUUGGAGAUAAAAUAAAACAUUUGAUUAAAUUUGCUGAAUAUAAUAAUGGUAAAUGGGCUUAUAGGUUUGCAAGUCACCCACGGUUUGCUUAUUGGGCAUUCAACAUGAUUCAGAGGCACAGACUCCUUAGUCAGGGAAAUAUUUUUUUAAAGCAAAACCCUGGUGAAGCUAAGUUAACUGUAGAACAACUUCAACAAAUGCUUCAAACAAAUACGUAUUCUACUUUAAUGUCAAAACUUAUGCAUUAUGCUAAAAAUGUUACUGGUAGCAAUAGCUAUUGGCACAAAGCUAAAGAGGAUUUGCGAGCAACCAUUGCUCAAGUAGGACCGCCUACUAUAUUUUUUACUUUAUCUUGUGCUGAGUACCAUUGGCCUGAAUUUCAUGAACUCUUUUGUGACCCUCACUCUGAAACACUUCAACCAGCAAUCAGGCAGCAAAAUGUUCUUCAAAAUCCACAUAUCUUGGAUUGGUUUUUUACUGAGCGAACAGAUCGUUUUGUCAAGUUUUGGUUAAAAGAGUCAUUAGGGGCUUCUUGGCAUUGGUACAGAUACGAGUAUGCAGUUCAGAGAGGUUCAAUUCAUUGUCAUGGAGUUGCAAAAUUGAAAAAUGAUCCAGGACUUUGCGAACUGACAGAAAUUGCAUUGCAAGGUUUUUUAGCAUCAAAGCAUAUCAAUGAGAACAAAGGAAAUUUGUCAGAAGAAGAAAUAUUAGAACUGGAGACUAAGAUAAAUCAAGGUAUACAAGCAGAGUCUGUUGUUUGUCAGUAUGUUGACUUUAUACUAACAACUUGGAAUCCAUGUUCCCCAGAAGAAGGGUGGUCCAAACCAGAUUCUCAUCCAUGUCAAACCCAGUAUCUGUCUUUGAAUGGCAAACAAAAAGAGGAAGACUAUGUGAAUUUAUUAAACUCUGUUGAGAGACAUACAAUGUGCAGUACUAAGUAUUGUCUAAGGGAAACUAGCAAAAAUGAAUUAGCCUGUAGAUUGAAAUUUCCUUUUGAAAAUUGCCCAAAGACAAGAAUAGAUUUUGAACCAAUAAACACUAAAUCAGGCCAAACCAAGUAUAGAGCAACCAUUGUUACUAAGCGAAAUGAUUCAAGAUUAAAUCGUCACCAACCACUGCAGCUCCAAGGAUGGAGGGCAAAUUGUGAUAUUCAAAUUAUUAUAGAUUAUGUGGCAUGUUUGGAAUAUCUUGUGAAAUACACAUCAAAAGGAGAAAAAGCUUCUUCAGUUCUAAAUAAUGCAUUCACCAAUGUAAUUAGUAAAGCAUCGGACGAAAGUGACAUUCAUAACAUUUUGAAGCAAAUUAUGAUCAAAAGUGUCGGACAACGAGAUUAUUCAAUCCAAGAAGUUAUGCAUCAUUUACUCUCACUCAAAUGUGUAAGUGCAACACAUGAAGUAAUAAAUACAUCUCUUGAUGGUUCACGAAGAGUACAGGUGUCCAAAAAUAAGGAUUUUUGUACAAUCCCAUCCAUGUUGGAUAUUUAUGCUGAACGAGAGAAGUUUAUUAAGACAUUUCCAGACAUACUGACAUAUAAUUUUUUGCAAUUUACCUCCACAUUUGUAAGCAAAAACUCAAAACUGGAGAAAAGGAAGCAACCUGUAAUAGUUAAAACUUAUCCCAAAUUUUCUUCAAAUCCUCAAAAUCAGCAGUAUGGGCUGUUCUGUAAAUAUCAACUGCUAAAAUAUAAACCUUGGCAACAUGUAGCAGACAAUGCAUGGGACAAUCUUGAACAGUGUGAUGAAACUUAUAAAGCAUGUUGGAUGAACUUUUUGUGUAGUGAUUGUGGGAAGAACAGUGUUCCUGACUGGGAAUUGCAAUUGAGCAGCUUAAAAGCAGCCAUUAAUCUGGAAAAUGAAAAUGAAAACAUGGAAAUUAUAGAGGAAGAAAAGGAAGAGUGGAUGUUUAUGUCAGAACUGAAUUUACAGGAGUUGAGCACAGAUACUGAAUAUAACUCGACGUUAGCUCCUGAAGGAUAUUGGCACAAUGUUAGUGAACAUUUUGACGAUGUUGAUCUACUUUCUGUUACUUCUUGGUUAAAUACUCAGAAAAAUAAAAAUGAACCAAGUUGGCACAUAUCAUCAAGAGUAAUAGAUAUUUCAAGUUUUAGUAGCGAUCAAUUGUUGGCAUACCAUAUCAUUCUAAAUCACUUCAACAGCAGUAAUGAACUGCCUUUGCAUCUACUUGUUAAAGGAAUUGCAGGUUCAGGAAAAAGCUAUGUUAUUGAUGCUGUAAGAAAUGUUCUUAAGGAAAAAUGUCAAGUACUAGCAUAUACUGGAAAGGCCUCUUUUAAUGUCAAGGGUGUAACACUGCAUUCUUUCCUCAAACUACCAAUUGGUUCAAAAAGACUCUUCGAAUUGAAAGGAAUAGCUUUGCAACAACUUCAAACUAAUUUACAAAACAUUCAGUAUUUGAUUAUAGACGAAUAUUCAUUUGUUGGCCAGAGCUUAUUUGGGUGGAUAGAUUGUAGAUGCAGGCAAGCUACAGGUUUAGCUGAUCAAGCUUUUGGUGGUCUUUCUGUUAUUCUGGUCGGUGAUAUAGCACAGUUAUCCCCAGUUGGUGAUAAACCACUUUUCCAUUCUUUGCCAAAAUCAGAAAAACAGAUUCAGGGUCACCUCAUAUAUAAAGAGUUCAAACAAGUCGUCACAUUGUCAGUGAAUCAUAGAGUUGAUGGCAAAACUAAUGCCCACAGCUGCUUUAGAGAUCUCCUCAUUAGAGCACGAAAUGGAGAAUCCACUUUGGCAGAUUGGCAGACAUUGUUAUCUAGAACUCCUGAAAAUGUAACAAAUAUUGAAGAAUUCCUAACAUCAUCUGUAAGGCUAUCCUAUCUGAAGGCAAAAGUUGCAGAAAUGAACUUGAUCAAAUUAAAAAAUGUAAACCAGCGAAUAGCAACAAUCAAAGCCCGUCAUUCUGGUGGUGCUCAAACACUUAGCUCUGAUGAAAUGGGAGGAUUAGAACCUGUCAUAUAUUUAGCUAAAGGUGCUAGAGUUAUGCUCACUAUGAACAUGUGGACAGAAGUUGGUCUUUGUAAUGGUGCACUAGGAACUGUAUUAGAUUUUGUAUAUGCUGAUGGGCAAACUCCUCCAGCCCUGCCUAUUUGUGUUCUUGUACAGUUUGAUGAACAAUAUAAUGGACCUUCUUUAACUGCAAGUGUUCCAAGAUGCGUUCCAAUUUCUCCAAUAACCCAAAUUUCACAAAACAUAGGUCACACAUGUGAAAGACAACAACUUCCUUUAAAGCUAGCAUGGGCUAUGACUAUUCACAAAAGCCAAGGUCUGACUCUUAAAAAAGCAUGGAUAGAUCUCGGCCCUUCAGAGAAUUCACCUGGUAUGACAUAUGUGGCUCUUAGUAGAGUAAAAAGACUCCAAGAUCUCAUAAUUGAGCCAAUGACAUUUGAAAGGUUGCAAGCUUACAAAAAAUCAAAUUUUUUGAAAUAUAGGUUAAUUGAAGAAAAGAGACUUGAUUCUUUAUCUCUAAAUGCUUCUAAAAAUGGUCAUCAUGAGUAACUUUGACUUAAUACAGUAAGCAUGUUCUCCAAAAGCUAAACAAGACAUCCAAAUACCAAUUAUUGUGUUCCCCUGUUUUUCUUUGUUUGACUUGAUUUAAUUAUUGUCUUUGAAAAGCCUCUGGAGGAAAGUCAAUAAAAUAUGUAUCUAUGUGUGAUGUAUUUUUAAUUUGUAAAACAUUUUUUG